AUGAAGCCACUAGGCUCAUGGUCUCGAGACCUCUCUGCUCGCAUCGAAGUAUUUUCCACCUGGGCUCAGAUGGCGCAUCCUCCUCGGCUAUUUUGGAUUGGCGCCUUCUCUUUUCCCACUGGUUUUCUGACUGCUGUAAUGCAGACUUCAGCCCGCCAUAAUGGAAUCAGUGUAGAUGCCCUGAGCUGGGAGUUCACCGUAGCAACCGUGAAUGAGGUCAAUCCACUCGCGUUUACUGCCAAAGAUGGCGGUGUUCAGGUAAGCCUAAUUAAAUCAUUUAAGUAUGGCUAA